ACCGAUUCUCCACUAGCAAUUUCCUUGUUACGUCAAUCAAUCAGUCAAUCACUUUGCAGAGAGAGAAUCCCCGAAAUUGGAGACGAUUCCGCUAGAAAUCUACUAUCAAACAAACAGACCAUAGUUGAAAGAGAGCUAUGGCGGCGAGAGGUUUACUGCUGUUUUGGGCCUUAGCCGUGGUGCUUCUUCUCAUGCCUAAAGCUCGUGGAAAUUCGGAGGGAGACGCGCUCCACGCGCUUCGCCGGAGCUUGACCGACCCGGGCAACGUGCUCCAGAGCUGGGAUCCCAACCUUGUGAACCCCUGCACCUGGUUCCACAUCACCUGCAAUCAGGACAACCGCGUCACUCGCGUGGAUCUUGGCAAUUCAAAUUUGUCUGGUCAUCUUGUGCCUGAGCUUGGGAAACUUGAAUAUCUCCAAUAUCUUGAGCUGUACAAAAAUAACAUCCAAGGGGAAAUUCCUGUAGAGCUGGGUGAGUUGAAGAGCUUAAUAAGUUUGGAUCUAUACAACAAUAAUAUCUCAGGGAAAAUUCCUCCAUCCCUGGGAAAUCUGAAAUCCCUCGUCUUUCUACGUCUUAAUGAUAAUAAGCUAAGUGGGCCAAUCCCAAGGACUCUUGCUGGUAUAUCUACCUUGAAAGUUGUGGAUGUCUCCAAUAACAAUUUGUGCGGCACAAUACCUUCCAGUGGUCCAUUUGAGCACAUCCCUUUAAAUAACUUUGAGAACAACCCCCUACUCGAAGGCCCGGAGCUGCAGGGUCUUGCAAGUUAUGACAAAAACUGCUCUUAAUCCACUGAUUCGAGAUACGGAAGCUUGCAAUAACUACCAUUGUCCUUAAUGUUGCUUAUGUACAAGUUGGACUGUUUGUAGGAUGCCUAGUUUUGUUUAUAUUUCAAUUGUAGGUGACGGCAAUAAACCGUGGUAAUUCAUGAAUAUCUGUAAUUGGAACUAUAAUGUAGUAUCAUGUAUUUGAAUCUCUUUUUCCUCCUA